AAUGCAUUCUGUCAAAACAAAUGGCCGCGCGAGCAGGGUCUCCCGCUCCGGGAUAAUUGGAUCUCGAGCUGUGGAGCGCGGCGCUGGAGAGGGAGCGCGCGGUGAGGAGCCGGUGUAACCAUGUGCUCGGAGAGCGGGCGCGAGGCGGCCACUUGAGAUGGAGAGGGGCGGUGCUGCUGCUGCUGGCAAUGGCAAAGGCAAAAGCCACCAGGCCGUGGAGCGUUGCAAUAGCACUGCUCAUCCCAACGAACUUCUGCUUGAUGAGUACCUGAGGAGUCAGGGUCUGUGUCGAAAGAGAAUUGCUAAGGAUGGAUCUUGCCUCUUCAGAGCUGUUUCUGAACAGGUAUUCCACACACAAUCGAAACAUCUUGAAGUGAGGAGAGCCUGUGUUUCUUACCUGAGGAGGAACCGUGAUAAGUUUGAAGCGUUCAUCGAAGGAUCAUUUGAUGAAUAUUUAAAACAUCUUGAAAAACCACAGGAAUGGGUUGGACAAGUGGAAAUCAGUGCUCUUUCACUCUUGUACAAACGAGAUUUUAUAAUUUACCAGGAACCAAAUAGACCACCUGCCCGUGUUACUGAAAAUGGAUUCCCUGACACAAUCCUUUUAUGCUUUUCAAAUGGAAAUCAUUAUGAUAGUGUCUAUCCUAAGACAUUUGUGGAUGCUGCAGCCAUUUGCCAGUCCAUUUUAUAUGAAAUGCUUUAUCAGAACGUAUUUAAGGUUGACAUUCGUGCAAUAAUGCCUGCAGUGCUGGAUGCAAACAGUGAAAUCAAUGAGGAACACUUCAAUGACAGUGAAAAUUCGGAUUCUGAUGUAGAAAUAGAAAUGAUUGGGGGCAAAACUGCCAAUGAGCGUGAUGUGACUGGAUUCAAGUCCCAGUCAUGUAAUAAAGUCCUAAAGAAACAGCAAAUGAAAAGUGAAAGUUCUACCCAUGUGACCCUUCCAAGAAAGGUCCUCCAAGCAUUCAACCCAAACAUUUAUAGAAAUAUUGAGUAUGAAGUUUGGCAGAAAAUGGAGCAAGCACAGCAGAAGAAAGAUUAUUCUAUUGCUGCUGGGAUGCAGUAUGCUGUUGGGGACAAAUGUAAGGUAUUCCUGGAUGAUGGUAGAUAUUACAAUGCUCAUAUUCAGGCAGUCGAUCCUGAUGAUGGACCGGUUGUUGUUUAUGUGGAAGAACUAGGAGAAAAAUACAAUGCCUCUCUCCAGAACCUUAGGCCACUUACACAGGUUUCUCGGGGCUCAAGCUGGAACAGAGUUCAGGGGAAAAGAGCUAAGAAGCCAAUGAAUAUCAACUCUGAAGCUGACUUCAAGGGAGUGAAGAAUUCAAGUAGUUUUGUAAAUAAACCAAAUCGAUUACAGUCAAGCCUCCCGCCACGUCUGCAACAAACAAUGGGUGCCAGGCAGCAGUGCUCCACACAGCAGUCCCCAGGUCAACAACCCAAAAAAUCAUCAGCUGAGUAUGUAGGACGAGACGAAGACUUUCCCAAACUCUCAAAAAAGCAUGAUCGAGACUUGGAAUCGAACUACACAAAUUCAGAAUGUCAACACCUUGCUCCUUCAGUGACGGUGGAACCAGGAGCUAAUGAGGCUCAAGCCCCAGACAAAAUGCAUCAGAGAGCUGAGCAACCCUUUGCUGCACUGCAUAAUCCAUUGGAGAUUCCCCCUUGCCCUACAGCACAAAGAAUGGAUCCUGUCCUUCAGUCAGAUAUGAGCUCGUCACAUCUUCCUUCAUCAACACCAUCAUUGACUUCACCGGUGCUUUCAGUACAUCCAUCUGAGUCAGUCACUUGCCAAUCAGCAGAGAUGUCCAGUCCAACUGUAUCACAGCCUCAAGUGACCUCAGCAUUUAUAACCCCACUUUGUGCACCAAUGCGUGGGGCUAAUCUCCCACCAAUGCCUGCAACUCACAUCACAAGCUCUUACGAUGAUUUGUUAUACCCUGGGUUUGCUGUGAAUGAAAAGGGAGAGUACCUCACCAGUGCACCUGUAUUUUCAUACAACAAAAAUGGAGCUGACCUUCCGAAUGAUAAAAGCAUUCUACGUUUUUUCUACAAUCUUGGUGUUAAGGCUUACAGUUUACCAUUGUGGCCACCGUAUUCAUAUCUAUAUCCACUGAACCAAGCUUAUUUGAAAAGUUGUGGAAUCUAUCCAAGGAGCCCUGCACCAAUAUUUCACCCAAAUCCUUGGUUCCAUGCGACUGCUGGAGUAAUGCAGAAUGAGAAUGUUAUGAGUCCACCUCAUCUAUCCAGCCCUGCAGAGACCAAUGCUCCUGAUCAUUCAGUACAGAGAGAUAUCAGUGAUAUUCACAGCCAUUCACCAUUGCCACAAGCUGCUACAUUACUUUUGCCGCACAAAAGCAAACCAGUGCUAGACACACCAAUUCCUGAGCAGUCACCUCAAAACCUUAAUCCCUCGUUUCCAAGGUAUUUUCCUAAUUUGAUAGCAGAUGGAACCCAACAUUCUGGCUGGAGGCCACCUGUACCACAGGCAUUAUUUAGCCAGCAAGCACAAAUGCACGCUUUCAGUUUUCACCCAAUGUAUAUGGCUCUGCCAAGUCAUGUAUUUCCAUUGCAGGUAAAUAAUGAUCAGAAGGUUGGCGCACCAGAUCUAGGUGAACCAAUGUCAGACAACACACAGAGAUGUGAAAUGGAAGAGAUGGGGAGACAGCCAAAAUUAUUGACCAGUGCUGAAGACGACAGGCUGACUAGGAGUCAGCCUGUCAUUUUUGAAGGUUCUCGAUUAUUGGUAAAAGCUGGUGGUGGUAUUGGUGAUACAUAUCCCUUGGUUGAGGAACAAUCAGUCUCUAGCCCUGGUGAAGGAUGUGCAAAGCAACACUCAACCCUUAAAAGGGAUAAAGAAUCAGUAUUGAUAGAAAAGCUAAAUCCAGCACCUGAUAGUGGGUUUUCUGGUGUGGACACACAAUCUUUUGAGGCUCACAAAGUUGCAGGAGCUGAUGCAAAUGAAUUAGAAGUUGCUAGUCAACAUCCUGAAGCGAAAUCCAGAAGCGACUUAACUUUGCAGUGCAUUAGUGAAUCAAAUGUUGAUACUGUCGCACAUGAUGCAGAAGUCACCCUCUUGGAUCACACCUCCGAGAAUAAUUACAAAAUGCCUGCCAUGUUAAAUAAUAACAAACCGGUGCAGUUUUACAGUCAGACUCUGGGAAAGGAAAGACAUUAUGUAAAGGAAGAUAGUUCUUCAGAAAGGACCGUGUACAGACGUUCUCCUUAUGUUCGCAAGAAGGGCGAAAAAGAAAUGAGCAGGAAAAAAUGGCAAGGGAAAACGUGGGCAUCAAAAACCACAUGUUGCCUACCCGAUAGCCAUGUUAACAAUAGGGAUGCAGCAGAUAGCAUUAAAAAUGAGAGCAAGUCACCAACUAAAGCUGGCAGUGUUCAGGGUGUAAACAGUGUUGCACAGAAUCCGGAAAUACACAUAGAUCUUGGUACUGACAGGCAUGAAAGCAAAAAUGAAAAUAAACAAGAAAAAGUGAAAAACCAAAAGUUUUCUAUGCGCCAAAAUAGACUGGAUGAAGAAACUGGUCUUGGCAUCAGGAGAAAUCAUGAUGUAAAGGAAUUUCAGAAUCGGAUGGAUGUGGAAAAUGUCAGUGGAAUGUCAUUUGAAGGAAAGCAUAGUAGUUUUAAAAAACAGAGAUAUAGAGCAGGGGGGAAGCCUAAUCCUGCUGUUAGAAAAUACUGAGUAAAUUUUGGAAAGCAUUGACACAGAAACAGAACCAUCACAUUUAAACUGAUCUUACAGCUAUUUUUGCAAGAAUUUAAACACUCUUGUUUUACAGCAGUUACAGAUUUGUUAGAAUAUUAAAACCAGUAGGGAGGCCAUUUGGCUCAUUGUGCCUCUUCAGUUUAAAAUAGCAAUCCAGUUUAGUCACGUACCUGAGCCUUUUGCUUGUAACCUUGCAAAUAAUAAGUUGUCUUAAUGUAUAUGCUCAAAUGCAUUUUUGAAAGCUCCCAUGGAAUACUUCUACCAUGUGUCAGAUGAUGUGGUUCUAGAUUGUAAUCACCCCUUACAUGGGAGGGUGGGGGACCUUGCUGGUGCUUUGUUAGUUAUUUUAAAUGUUACCAAAAAAGAGAAAAUGCUGGAAAAUCUCAGCAAGUCUGGAAACACCUGUAAGGAGAGAAAAGAGCUGACGUUUCGAGUCUGACCCCUUGUCAUUUUAAAUGUUACCACUGGUGACUGAACCACUCUCCAGAGGGAUCAGUUUGACACUUUUUUUCCUCCUCUAUCAACCCCCUCCUCUCAUAAUUUUGGAAAUCUGUGUUAGGUCUCCCCAUAUUGGAAGCAGGUUAAUAGUGGGCGCCCUCAAAAAUUGAUUGUUGAUGCCUCAGUUAUUCGCUAUUUAUUAAUUACUUAGAUUCCUUGAGAGGGUCAAAGAUACAAAUUUACCAACGACAGAGAUUGUAGAUACAUUAAUUACAUAAGUGAAUUAAAUGUGGCCAGUGGAUUACAUCCCAUUUCAGUGUAAGAUCAUCUAUUGUAGUCCAUAAAGUAGAUCAGAAUAAUAUUUAAAUGGUAUAAAGUUAGGUCCAAAGUUAUUUAGGGAGUCUGUGUACAUGGAUCACUAUGUAAGGGAUAAAACAAAUCAAAGUGACUAAUGGAAUGUUACAGUACGAGAAUAUGAAGGGGUUAAAUUUUACAAUAGCUGCACAAACACCUACUUAGACAUUUGGAGAGUGUGGAUAGGAGUUUGGAGCAGUGGUAGGCAAUAUGGUACCAAAUCUCCUCUCUCAUUUGAUCUAAAAAUCAGAUUAUGGCCUCAACUCUACUUUCCAAUUCAAGCCCUUUGAUCCCUUUAUCAGUCAAUAAUCUAUCUGGCUCAGCCUUAAAGUUAUUCAAUGCUAUGUCUCUCUGAGGAGAACUCCACACACUUUACCUUCUGAGAAACAAAAAAAUCUGUUGAUCUCCAUCUUACGUGCAAGGGGUCUUGGUUUUGAACUGUGCUCCCUAAUUUUAGUCUCUCCCAUAUGGAGUAACAUCCUUUCAGAAUCUACUUGUCAAAUCCCCUCAUGAACUUGUGUUUCAAUAAGAUCACACAUAUUCUUUUGAACUUUAAUUUCUUUUGAGGCCUAAUUUCUUUGUAUUGCUGGAAAUCAGAGAGUGAACCUUCUCUGCACUACUUAUAAUGCGUGAUUUCUUAAAUAGGGAUAGCAAAACCAAGCUCCAGAUGUGGUCUUAAUGCCCAAUAUGAUUGUAGCAAACUUCCCCACUUAAACAUUCCUUCCCACUUGCAAUAAACUACAAAUUCCAUUUGUCUUCCUAGUCAUUUGCUAUACUUCCUUACUAACUUUGUAAAUCAUGUACCAGGGCACUCAAAUCCCUCAAAACUGUUUUGCUGCUAUCUCUCUCCAUUUAAACGGUGUACUGUUUUUCUUCUUGCCAAAACGGGCAAGUUCACAUUUUCCCACAUUAUACUCCAUCUGCUAAAUUUUCUGCACACUCAUUUAAUCUUUCAGUAUCCCUCUACAAAGUCCUUGCAUCUUUCUCCUUGUUUGUCAUCAGCAAAUUUAGCAACCAUACAUUGGAUCACUUCAUCCAAGUCAAUGAAAUAGAUUUUAAGUAGUUUUGAUAAUGACCAAAACUUACCCCUGUGGUAUUCCACUGAUUAUAUUUAGCUAACCUAAAAAUGACCUAUUUAUUCCCGCUUUCUUUUUCCUAUUGGUUAAUCAAUCCUCUACAUCCAUCUUAAUAAGCUCUUUUUUGUAAAGUAUGUUUUGGAAAGUCAGGUAUGUCCCAUCUGCUGGUUUCCUUAAUGCACAUACUGUUAGGUCUUUAAGGAACUGUAAUAAAUAUGUCAACACUAUUUCCCUUGCAUAAAACCAUGUUAACUCUGCCUGAUUGUGAGUUAAGAUUUUCUAAGUAGUUUAUCAGAAUGAUCUUAAUAGAUUGUAGUAUUUUCCCUGUGAUAGAUGUUAAGCUAAGUGGCCUGUAGAUCUGUUUUUCUUUCUUAUCCCUCCUUUCUCAAAUAGGAGUUCCAUUCGUUUUUUUCCCUUAGCUGAUGGAACCUUAUCAGAACUAAGGGAAUUUGGAAAACUAAAACCACGCAUCUACUCCUUGCCCUGUUGAUUGUAAUUGUUUUAAGUUCCUGGCAUGUUAUUUUUGUCUUUUACACUGAAGACAGAUGCAAAUAAUUGUCGUUUCCUUACUUCCCAUGAUUUACAGCCUGGACAACCAACACACUUGGUUACUCUCUUCCUUUUUUAGAACAAUACCUGUAGCAACUCUCAGUAUCAGUUUGUAUAUUUCUGUCCAGCUUUGUUCUUAUGUGUCUUCAUUAUUUAUGUUUGCUGAUUUUUUUCUUAUUCAUCUAAUCUUGUGACCUGUCAGCAAACUUUGUGAAAUUUACACUUUCAUUGUGUAGUACUUUAUUUUUAACUGUAGUCACAAAUGCUGACUAUCUUCUCCUUGUUUUCUCAAGGAAAGUAUCUUUGCUCAGCGUUGUGAAAUAUCUCCUUAAAUAUCUACCACUUAAUACCGAAUUCACUUUAACCAGCAGUGUCCUCAUACUCUUAGAAUUAAGUUUAAAACACUAAUCUUAGUUAGUUUUCUCUCCCUCAAGUUGAAUGAUGUUAUGAUCACUGCUCCCUGUGGACCCCUUUUAUUAAGGGAUCAUUAAGUAAUCGUGCCUCAUUGCACUUUACUUUGUCUGCUGUCUGGUUCUGAAUGUGCUGCUCUAAGAUACCAAUCCCAAAAAUCCUUUGUGACCUCAUCUUACAGGCUAUGUUGCCAAUGACAUUCAUUCAAUCUGUAUCCAAAUUAAAAUCAUCCAUGAUUAUCCCUGCAUCUUUCUCACAAAUAACAUUCCCUGUAAGUUGCAUUGCCAUGCAGUUGUUCCUGUGGUCUACAUGUCGAUCAAUGUACAGACACAGUUCCAAGCACUGACUUCUGGAUUUUGGAGUUAUCAUGCAAUAACAUAAGAGGUCUGAGCAGGAAAAGAAAUGAGGAUUUGGGGCUCAUUAAUGUUUCCUGUACACCCCAUGUUAAAUGACUUUGUUUAAAUGAGGAUAUAAAAUAACAACACUGAGUCUACAUGUUAAUCUUUAGAACUAAGGCCGUCUUUCACUAAUAUACUAAAUGUUGUCAUCUUUAAUUAACUACGCUGUACUUUUUUUGAGCCUCCUAUCCUCUGAAAUGUCUUGGAGCCUUGAAUUUUCAGUACUUGGGCGGUCAUAUUGCAGUCAGUUCUCUGCAAUAUGACAUAUUUCAAUUUGAACUGACCAUUGGUUUUCUCCUUGUCUUACCUCUUUAUCUAUUUUGUACAAUUCUUCUGUUUCUCUUUGUGCUGCCCAGUUUUCAACUGCAUUCUGUAUCUGACAUUUGUCCUAAAUCUCUGUCCAGUUUUAUUUUACUCUUAUUUUUGUCAUCUAGAUGGCCCAUCUUUUCCCCCUUACUGGCUGCAGUAAUCUAUUUCUAUCCUGAAAGCCUUGUUUUAAUGCUCUUUUUCUAGCUUUUGUUUGUUACCAGCCCAAUAUGUAAAUUUUAGUAACUGAUAUUAAUACUGUUAGAGUUCUCAAGAAGGAUAUAUAUGUGAGGCAUAAAACUCAACAGGCUGGCUUUGGAGUACAGGUGCACUUUUAUCUGAAAUCAAAAGACCUACCAUAAUGAUAGGCCUCUUUCUUUCUUUCUUUUCCCAAUAAUGACUCCAACAGUUCUAUUGUGAGGAAAGAAAGUGAUACAUGUGAUAAACUAUGAGGUUAAGUAAUUUUUGUUUGUUUGUCUCGUAUUUAUUUCUUAAAUUUUGAAGAGCAACGUCUUUUUUAAAACUUUAGAUCAAAGAAAUGUGCAAAAGGUGAAAGAACAAGACAAAAAAAAUCCCUGGCCACAGUUCUGUCACCUUAAGAGGAAUCGUUAACUUUAUUAAGUUGUGUCAAGUGUCUGAUGUUGAAAAAUAAAGUGUAUAUUAUUUAGAACCUGUAUACUGAAUAGUUGAACUUAACUGUUUGAAACAAUGUGAAAAUACUUUUAAGAGAUAUUGUAGAAACUCAGCAGGCCUGGCAGCAUCUGUGGAGAGAGAAGCUGAGUUAACAUUUCAAGUCCAAUAUAUUGUUAAAUUUUGAAGUAAUCCUAUUGGAUUCAAAGCAUGUUUCUCUCUAUAGAUGCUGCUGGACUUGCUGUGUUUCUCCACAUUUUGUCGGUUUCAGAUUCCUAGCAUCUACAGUAUUUUGCUUUAAUUCACAUUGUUUGGCUUUUUAUGGUUACUGUACUUUGCAUGUUACUUAGUUCCAGAUAAUUUCAAAAUUCUAGUCCUGAUAUGGUAAUUUUAUAUUGUACAUAUAUUUGGAUAGGCAGAAACGCAAUAGCCUGUUUGAUUUCCAUUAAAUUGUCGAUAUAAACAGUGAGAGGGGUAAUGGUUUGAGAUUUAGGGUUUAAUUGUGACCACUGAUCAGUUAAAAUCUGGACUUAAGUUUAUUAUCGGUAAUAGCUUAUAAAUUUGUCCAGACAAAACACAAAUGUCAUAUGAUUAACAAACUAACAGGUUUUUAGCACAAUAACAAAAUUCUCCUUUCAAGUGAAUACAGAGUACCUAACAUGUGAAAGAAGAAAUUAUAGGACAUUGUCAUUUAAAGGAGAUUUGCACUAUAUAUUGUGGUUCGUGAAUUUUAUAUUGCUCAUACUUUUAAAUCCAAGGUCUUAUUUUGAAUACUCUCCUCUCCUAUUGCAACUGUCCUGAUUUCUCACUUUAAAAACAUUCACUUUUGUUUCCUUUGCAACAAUCAGUGGAGAUUUGUGGUAACAGUUGUAAAAUUAUUAUAAGAUUCUCAAGUGUUAACUUUUGCUUAGUGUCUACCACUUUUGUCAAGUCCUACUAUGUGCCUUUGCAUUGGGCUGCCUAGACCUACCUCAGAUAACUUGGUACUGUUUAGUUUAUGCCUUUUCUCUGCUUUAAUAUUUACAUUGAAUGUUGUAUAUUUCUGAUUAAUGCCCACAAGAUUUGUUGACAUAUUUAUUUUAAAAUCACUGGCAUAAUCUAACAGCCCAUGGGAGUGCUUCUAUGCUGCAGUAUUUCAAUCAGAUUUGAACAUCUUCUCCCUUUUGUAGCAGUUACUUCAUUACUUUGGUUAUACUGUGUGUAUAAAGCUUAAACAAAUGAGGAUAGAAUGAAAAUAUCUAAUUUUUAAAAAUAUAGUCUAAUUAUUUGAAUGAAGUUCAAUCUCUCAGAACUCCUGGCUUACCUUAGUCUUUGCUUCUUUUGGUAUGUUGUCACAAGGAACUUUGAUGCUGGUGUCUUACAAAUGGUAUUGAUCUCUGCUCCGAGAUCUAAAGGCGUUAGGAACAGAUUGUGUACACAGUAGUGUAAUGGGUGAAAAAGAAUCAACUGAUCAAAGCAGCUGGACAAUGAUUCAAAAUGGUAGGUCCAACACUGAACUUGGAAGACAGUACACUUGUGCACAUGGAGCACCCACUAUGAUUUCUUGUAAAACACUUGUUGACUCUCAAGCUUUUGCAAUAAAAUAUUUUGUAUGGUAUUAAGUGGUCAGUGCGGUGAAUAUUCCAUCACAGCUCUGACUUGAAUGUUGUAGUUGAUAAUGGGGAAAAGUUUGAGUUCAAAAGAGUUGAGUGAUUUAUCACUGAUUUUUCUGUGCUGUUCUUGUAAUCACUGGAUCCAUGUCACUGGUACCAGUAAAAGCCUGGGCAAGAAAGUUGCACUUUAUCAGCUAAAACAUUAACUGGCAAAUAGUAAAAAUUAAUUUUUAAAUUCAAAAUAUUGUAAAGCAAACUUUGUCCAUAUGUUGUCCAGAGAUGGACCUUUAUUUGGUUUCUUUUGACAAAUUUUUAAAAGUUUGACUGCAGCUUUUCACUAUCCUGUGUACCCUGUAAACUUUUCUCAGAUACUGUGCAAUAUAACCAAAGACAUUUAUGGCACAAAGAGGCCAUUUGGAUUAAUUGUAACUGUUCCAACUAUACUAUGCUCUUUCAUAGCCAUGCAUUAUCUUCUGGUAGAGAUUGCAAUGCCUUUGAACUGAAAGCUAUUACAUUCAUGAAGUGACUGUCUCAACUGACCUAUUCUAAAUAUUGACUUUACAUUCUAUUUUACAAAAAGUUUCCUUUUGUGUACAGAAAUGAAAACAAACCCUUUACUAUUAACAACUUGUAAUUCAAGUAGAAAAGAAGUCAGGUCAGACAGUAUAUGUAGAAUGAUUAAAUAAAAUAUUCAUGAUUGAACAACCAAAGUUAUUUUUACUCCUCCCUUUUCCUUAGCAUAAUUCUGAUAAAGUUUAUCAACUUGAAAUAUCAACUUUCUACAGAUGCUGUCUAGCUUGUUUGCUAGUAUCCACAGUAUUUUGCUUUUGUAAUUAAGUCGUAUCUUUAAAAAUCCCAGGACAUGUUAGUGUAACUUGUCAUGUGACUGUGGGAUAUUAGAGCAGGCAACCAGGUAUUUGAUCAGUGAUAAAUCCUGCAGAUCAUCUUUGAAGAGGGAAGAACGGUCAAGAAGUUAGGGAAGAAAUUCCAGAAUUUGAGGCAUUACAGUUGAAGGGACAAAUUUCAGUGGUUGAAUGAUAAAUCAGUGAUCAAGCAGAUAGAAUGCAGGCACACACAUCUUUGAAGGUUGUUGGACAGGAGAUUAGAAAUAGGGACAAUUUCAAAUCAAGGGAUUUAAAAAUAAAGAUGAGAAUUUCAAAACAAACGUAUUGCCUAACUGGAUGUCAGUAUAACCUGGCACAUUCAAAUGUAUCAGUGUAACCAGUUUACAAUAAGUGUUGUAACCUUUUUAUUGAAAAAUGAUUUGAAGUUAAAUUGCUAAUUGUGUUACAUAUCUUGACAGGGAUUAUACAUUGCACUGGCACUUGUUAACAUCAGGAAACCAUUCACAAUGUAAUCAUAUGAGACAAUGGAGAUGUUUUAAUUAUGGUUAUGCAAUAAGACUAUUACUGGAAUGUCCAAAUCAGGUGUUGAAUCAUUUCUCCCGUUUUAAUGGGAGGAUUGUGUCUACAUAUUUUUUCCCUGUUAUCAACAAAAACACUGUUGGUUGCUCAAUAGCCAAGUUACUUAAGACCUAUAUUCAUUUAUAUUGGAUUGUUUAUUUACUUCUGAGAAUGUGUUAAUUGCAAUGUGCUGAUCUUAGUAGAGUAUGUUUUACUGUGUAAUGCAUUAAGGGAUGCAAUAUAAUCUGAACUAGACUGGACUGUUUUAUUUGGUUGUAAACUUUAACUGUUUUGUAUCUUUUCUAUUUUUCAGUGUGUAGUUCACAUUGGUUGUGGAAAUAUGCUUCAUUAUUUUGUAUUUAUCUUAAGUACUUGUGAACAAAACAUUAAAAACUGGUGCCUUGCAUAGUAAA